ACAUGAACACUGGAUGACGCUAGUUACGUAGAGUCGUUCACAUUAGCAGGCGUUAUCAUUGUUAGCUGAAGAACAUGUAUUACCGAAUCAGAUAGUCGUUAUUUAAGUGUGCUCACUUAUAACUUAUUGGUGUCGGUAUUUACACAUCUACACUGUGGACGAAAAUGACUGAUGUCACAGAGUCCCUGACCAAAGAGGGCUGGUACCUCAGCGAUGAAGGCAUAGCCGAACUGAAAGGAUCUGCACAGAAAAUAACUCCCAAUGACAUUAUUCGUAUUGCACUUAAUAGUGACCUCAGGCCUAUUGGGAGAAAAUGUAUACCACCAGACAUCAAUAGUGGAAGAAUUGAGAAGUUGGAAGGUCCAUGUGUUCUUCAGGUGCAGAAGGUGAGGAAUGUCUCGGCUCCUAAAGACCGCGAGGAGUCCCAGGGCGCGCCGCGAAUGCUGCGUCUACAAAUGACAGAUGGGCACACCAUCUGUGUUGGAUUGGAGUUUAAACACCUGUCUAAAAUCAGUCUUAAUACCCCCCCCGGAACAAAGGUAAAGCUCCUUGGCACAGUCCAGGUUAAAAAUGGUCUUUUACUGCUCGAUGACUCAAAAAUCUCUGUCCUUGGAGGAGAGGUCGAUCACAUGGUGGAGAAAUGGGAACUACAAAGGAGUCUGGCCAAACACAGCAGGAGUAACAUUGGAGCAGAAGGUGGACCCCCUCCCUUUGUGGCAUUUGAUCAGAGGUGUGAGAGGAAGGAGGAAGUGGACACCAGAGACCUGGAUCAGAGGAAGACCCUGAAGUCUCAAAGUGUUGCUAAAAGUCCGGACGAGAAUGAUGAGUUUGAAAAGCAACGGACAGCAGCGAUUGCUGAGAUAGCCAAGACCAAAGAGGGGCCGCGGACAUUUGGUGGUGGAGAGAAUGCGGGCAGUAAUUUAUCCACUGCUGCUUCCUCUUUCCGGGGCCGAGACUCAUACCAGCAGAGGAGACGAGAAGAGCGUUUUGAAAGACCUGAAAGCAGAGAAGAUGGAAACUAUCGAGAGCUGGUGGAUGAACGUGCUCUGAGAGACAUCAUGGAGAUGGGCUUUAACAUGCAGGAUGCUCGGCUGGCGCUAAUGGAUAACAACAACAACCUGGAAGUGGCACUAAAUAGCCUACUGACAGGAACUUUUGAGGCCAGAACUAGCCCAGUGGUAGAUGAACCUAUCAGGCCCCCACCCAGAGGAAGAGGAAGGGGAAGAGGCAGGUCUAGAAAUGAAGAUGAAGAGGAGGGACCAGGGGGAAGGCCAUCAGGUCCAAGCACUCUUUUUGACUUUCUUGAAUCCAAAAUGGGAGUUUUCUCCAUUGAUGAAUCAAAAAGCCAGGCUCCUCAGAAACACUAUGAUGGUAGAGCGAGUUUCUCCAACUCGGACUAUUACUCCAAAGACACAUCUCAGAACAAGUUCUCCUCGCAUAAUGACCAUAGGCAACAAAGGAAUGACAGACCGCCUCGCUUCCACAGGGACGUUGAUUUUCCAAAACCUGGCCAGGAGCCUAUCUCUAGCUCUACAACCUCACAAACAUCGGCUCAGGCCCAGCAGUGGAAGGGCCAGGAGAGAUGGUCCCGAGGCACAACAGACAGAUCGCAUAACGACAGGAGAGAGAUGAGAGAUGAGAAAACAUAUCCUUCAUCUUUCUCGGCUACUUUCCCACAUCCAAAAGAACCUCAGCAGCAGAUGGAGUUUAGUGGAUCUUCCCACCAACGAUCGAGGAAUGGAGAUGGUGGUGGCGGUGGGAAUAUGUCUGGACCGCCUAAAGGGAGAGGUGUUAGAGACAACGCACCCACAUCUAAACUGUCUGAUUCUGCAGGUAGUGAGCCAGAUGGAAGAGGAAAUAAUAAACGCACAGACAGAUUUGAAGAACCAAACCACAACAACAGGAGGAAAGGCAAGACUGAGCGGCCAAACACAGACCACUUUGACCGACAAAGGGACAGUGGGCCACCUAACCUCAACCUGAGGGGAGGGAGCUCAGGGUCAUCCCAAGAAGUGGGCUUAAAGCGGGAUUGUCAAAUCGUGACAGGGGAUCCUUCUCAUUUCCAAAAUGGAGACAUGGAACACAAAAGAACUGGGCCAAUAAAGCCAUUAAUUUCAUUAGUCCCCCCCAACAGGGAGCCCCCCCCCAACAGGGAACCGCCCCCCAAGAAAAGCGUUUUGAAUAACCCAGGACCUAAUAAGAAAAGGCAAGGACAAGGCAAAGGUCAAAGUCCUCGCGGAUCAGAGAAAAGUCAUUUUGUGGAUCAGGUCUGGAAAUCUGGAGACCAGUGCCUGGCUCUGUACUGGGAGGAUGGCAAGUUCUACCAUGCCAGAAUAGAUGCUGUGCAUCCGUCAGGCACCACGGCUGUGGUUGUGUUUAGUGAAUAUGGAAACUGGGAAGAGAUCGAGCUGCAUAACAUCAAACCGCUUCCUGCUGAUGCAUUGUAACAUCACAACCAUAUCAAAUGUCCAAUGGCAGGAGGAAGAUGAUGGUUACUACGACAGUUCACUCGAAUUUCGCCCAGGGGGAGACGGACAGCCUCGUCGCACAAGACCCACUCAGCAGUAUUACCAGCCUCCUAGGGCACGAGACGAGACUGAUGUGUCUGCGUUUACACUGGAAGGUAAAUGAAAAGGAAAUGGUGGUUAUUUUCCUUUAAUAAUAAAACAUAAAACAUUGUGUGUACAAUGUGUGAACACAGUUCCUAUUUUUAAAAGGAGACUUUUUAUUCCUAAUAUUUCCUUCAUUUUGGUGGGAUUCUUGAAUUGUAUAAUAAAUGUGAAAGUAAUUUGAAGGCAUUACUGUGAUCUUGCAUAAUUACCUGUAUAUAAUGUAUAAAACUAUUGCCGACCAUAAUUAAAUAAACUCAUGCUCUUAUUUCUAUGUAGAAAUUGAUUUUAUACAAUUGUUUAAUGUCAACUUUCCCUGCUUCUGUUGUUAAAUCUCAUUAUGUACAAAUUGAUCACAAUGUCUUCAGCAGUUGUGAAACCAAAUCAUCCCCAAAAUGCAAACAUGCUUAAUUUUGAUAAAUUAUUUAAUAAUUUUCUUUGUCUUAACUCGUUUGUGUGCUUGUCCCACAUCCUUCCAUGACAGAGACUAAGUCACUUUCAAAACAAUCCAGAGUGCUUCCUGAACUUUUUAAUUGUCCACAUCUACAGGGCAUACUGAACUUUUCAAAGGGCUUAGACAAAAUGCAAAAAGAAAACUGACAUAGGCACCUGUUGAUUUUGUUAAAGACAUAUCUUCUGUAUAUUUUGUGAAAUGGAUGCAUCUAAAUAAACAAUUAUUAUAGUAUGUAG